GUUGUGCCUGGAGCUGCGGACGUUGCGCAGCCGAACACUCAAGACCAGCACUUCUUCGGGUUUAUGAUGCCCCAUCAGGGAACUCCCGGCAGCGGUCCGUGCUUACAAACCGGUGCAACGCAGGUUGCACCGGACCAUGUUGUUUACGUUCCUUACGCUGUCUAUCCUGCAACGGUUCCUUCUCCCACCUCUGCUCACCACGCUACCCAUGCUCUGCCUGCAAUUGGCUUUCCCGGUGCGCAAUCUGCGGGACAACUCUUAACGCCUUUCGUUCCGACCGAUCAACAUCCCUGGGGCGCUCCUCAUUUGGCAGUCGUGGGGAGCCACGCACAAGGAAAUGAAGGCAUCAGAAGUGGUGGUGCUGGCGGUCAUCAAGGCUUGGUGGAACAACAUCUAGCUUCCUUUUCAACUGGUGCUGGAGGUCACCAGAAUACCAAAGGACAACAUGCUACAACUACGCCUACGUCCUCGAAAUCCCUACGACGCGCACGUACUGGAUGGCUCACUCGCAGUGCGCUGGUGCCCGCGAUCGGGAGUCACAAGCGGCUGCGACUGAAGAGCUAUAAGAACGUGGUGAUUCCUUCGAACGCUCACCCAGCGCGCAUGGAUCAAACGCGACGGGAAGCGCUCAUGUUAAGGCUUACUCAUAUUCAUCUCGAGAAGCAUCAAUCUUGGAAGGGUUUUCUUUGUAAGGGAAAAAAGAAGCUGUAUCUUGGAAAGGCUUCUUUUGUAGCAGGGGGUGAAAAUGGCUACCAAGAUCGUAGGAUGAAUAUAAUCGGUAACUACCAGGUCUAAGUACGUCAGCUGGUGCUAUGUUGGCACUGGCCGCGCAAUUAGGCCAAGUGGAAACCUGGUUGGGAACCGGAGUACGCGAUGUUGUGCUUCCAGCAGCGAGAGAAGAAACAGCUAGUACGGAAGCUGCACAUAAGGCACAAGCGACGUUACCUCCAAAGAAGUCAAAUUAUCCUGUAGUUGCCGUCGCAAGUAGCGAUAUGAUACUAGCGCCUAGAAGUAGAGAUGGACGAGCACGAGAGGAGGAGGAGUUCCCCGCACUCGGCGGUGCAGCUGCCAAGAGGACGCCGAAACUGAAGGAAAGUGUGUGGCACGAUACAGACGAUUUAGCUUUACCUGUACCGUUGAGUCAGCAAGUUGAAAGAACGCAAAGAGCGAUUAGGCCUGCUCCGCUAGUGGUACAACCAGGAAAAGAGAUGAUUUGUUCUGCUGAAAAACCUAGCCUGGAUGAAGGAGGUUCAUCCGGUCAGGAUGAAAGUGAGGAUAGUAGAGCGAGCGAUAAGGCAAAGAUUGGUGUGGAGCAUUUUAUCGGCUUUGUUUGUCGAAAAGUCAAUGCUCUCGCAACUAUCUCUGCUGAGGCCACCUCGACAAGCGUUGCAGCCUUCCUUUCCAGGGAGAUCCGUGAGGGUUGUGCGGGGGUGCAUCCCCUCUUCCUCGCUGCUUUAAAGGGGAAACUAGAAGCAGAGCGGACCGAAGUACUCACAUCUCUGCAACUAGGCAGGAGUAGCCCUAGCACCUCCGAGGAUUCCUCAUCCUCAAGAAGCUUGGACGUACUUCUUGCAAAGAUACUUUCGGGGUCGUCUACUUCGGCUCAUCGAAAGCCGGACACGACGACGGGGAGUGCGGUGUAUGUGGAAACUCCAUCAUUCUGGGCACUCGUUGCAGCGCUCCUCUCUCAAGAGACCUCACUGCUGGGUUAACGAUUUUUGUUGACGUCUCUAAUCUUGCGAGGAGUCUAAAUGUAGUUCUAACUUCUGUAAUUUUUAGAUUGAUGAAACUGUCGCACUAUUAAGCCUCUAGUAAUGAUUUGUAAAUUUGAUUUUUUUUUUAGGUAUAACGCUUCUAAGUAAAAAUAAUAGAUACACAGCUUUUUUGCUGAUGCUGUGCAGCUAGGCUGAGAGGACAAGUGACAUGGCAGACGCUUUGUUGAUUUUUUAUCGUGUGUAAUUUCAUUCUUGCGCCGCCAGGAUCAAGUCGGUGUGACGGUAAAAGACCGUCGAACAAAACAGCUCUAUUGUAUCACAGUUAUUAGAUAAUGUUUAUUUUCGAUAGAGAAAUAUAAUGAUUAUACGAUGAUCGUAGUUUCGCAUAUAAUGACGAAAGAAAUAGAUAUGAUGAUAGAUGGAGCAUAUUACCACGUUCCGAUUAGAUUAUUUGUAGAAGAACUCUGUUCUGAACCGCUUUCCUACACAACUUCACGAACUCUGUUUUUAACCACUUGCUUACACAACAGCGCGUAACCACAACAAUCAAACAACAUCGCAACAUCAACAGCGAACUUCACAUAUAACAAGGAUCAAGUUCUUUGUGGUUUAACGUAGGUCGCGCAGAAGAAAGUAUAGACUCCAUCGGACGAUCCGCUCUUGCCGCAUGAAAAAUAUAACGACAACUGUACGUAAGGUGAUAAUACAACAGGAGCCUGCAGCACGGGUCGUAUACGAUGUACCUGCGCGACGUUUCUCCGUCUUAUACGCAUCCUGCGAGUUGUGAGCGCUUUGUGCUCAUCCAAUCAAUAGCGUUUUCAAAGAUCGAGAUGUAGUUGUAGAUAGUUUUAGUGCGGCCUGAAAUUCAUCCUCCCGUGUGGCGCAAUGUUAGGCAAUGCACCGCAGGUCGGCCGCAGUGUGCAGUUUUCCUACGAAGAUCGGAUAGUCUAGCGCAUUAAAUUUAUUUUUUACUCAAAUCUGCAUCUAGAGUCCCGUAGUGAUCGCACGAAAAUGAAAUGAAAAGGUGUCGAGAUCUGUACGUGCAUCGACAUCCUCAAGGUAGGCUCAUUUAUUUUGGGUCAAAGGUUUCCGUUUCUUUUCGACAUAGAAAUGCAACAAUUUUUCACGUUGUUGUAUGCAAGGAAAUAUAAGGACUUAAUAACUGAAAAAAUUUCAUGUCUUCAAAAAGGCUGGUCGACC